UGUGUGUCUUUUUAAAGGCUCAUGGGGAACAUGCAGAGAGCAACCAAUUCAUUGGCCUAAAAAGGACGAAGCAUCUUAAAUAAGAUAACAACCAACAAACAAGUGAGGGAAAUUCAAACAGCUAACACCACCAUUUCAUCUAAUAUCUAGUAUCUACUCUUUCUUUGUUUUCUCACAACUAAAAUCUUGAUUACUAGUUCACUACCAUUAGUGCCCAAACACUACAACAUGAUGAAAUUUUUAAUCUCAUUCUUACCCUUUUUCUUCUUGGUGGUGGUACAACAAGAAGCCACUUGCUUCAAUCAACACAAAGAACUUUCUCAUAAUAUUAGAAACAAACUCAAGGGUAGAUUGGCCAUUUCCCUCUCUCAUCCACCAUCACAAACGGCAAAGGGAGGAAGCAGAGUGGUGUACCCGGCGGAGUACGGCGCAGACACGAGCGGAGCACGUGACAGCAGCGACGCAAUUAUAAAGGCAUUGGAGGAUGCAUUCAGUUUGGAGAGUGAGGCGGAGCUGCUUCCGGGGGUUAAAGACCUUGGGGGUGUAUUGGUUGACCUGCAAGGUGGGAACUACACAAUUAGCAAGCCCAUCAAAUUCCCUUCUUCUGCUGCUGGCAAUCUUGUGGUACAAGGAGGAACGUUGAGAGCUUCUGAUGCAUUUCCCACUGAUGGCCAUCUAGUUGAGUUAUGGGCAUCUAGUUCCCAAAAGCUCUCGAAAACAGCAUCAUUUGAUGACUUGUACAACAAGAAACUUCAGCAACCUAAAGGGAUUUACUACGAAGACAUAACAUUCCGUGACAUUCUAUUCGAUUCGGGCUACCAUGGAGGAGGAAUCUUUGUAGUUGAUUCGGCUAGGAUCCGAAUCAACAACUGUUUCUUCCUCCAUUUCACUACAGAGGGAAUCCUAGUCCAAGGUGGCCACGAAACUUACAUAUCUAGCUGCUUUCUUGGGCAACACUCAACCGUAGGAGGGGACUCCGGCGAGCGACAAUUCUCGGGAACUGCGAUUGAACUUGCUAGCAAUGAUAACGCAAUUACCGAUAUUGCGAUCUUCUCGUCUGCCAUAGGGAUUGUCCUAAGGGGCCAAGCCAACAUCGUUACCGGGGUCCAUUGUUACAAUAAGGCCACCGGUUUUGGUGGCAUAGGAAUCUUGGUAAUGCUAGCCGGAAAUUCACAAACAAGAAUUGAUAAUUGUUACAUGGAUUACACAACAAUUGUGAUGGAAGACCCUGUUCAAGUUCAUGUCACUAAUGGAUUUUUCUUGGGGGAUGCUAACAUUGUUUUGAAAUCAAUUAAGGGACAAAUAUCAGGAUUGAAGAUAGUCAAUAAUAUGUUCACUGGGAACCCUAACGCUAAAGUUCCAAUUGUGGCAUUAGAUGGAGUGUUUGGUAACGUUGACCAGGUGGUCAUUGAUUUGAACAGUGUUGAUGGAAUGGGGUUGAGAUCAACGGUUGGGAAGCAAUCUGUGGCUGGGAAUGGAACAAAAUGGGUGGCUGAUUUUUCAGGAAUUUUGGUGUUCCCUAAUAGGAUAAAUCACUUUCAAUAUUCAUUUUAUUCUCAG